CUCCUUGCCCGGAGCCGCGAGAGAGCAGAGCUAGGCGAGCAGCUUACUAGCUGCAGCCUCUGCCGCCGGUGUGCCUGGCUCUGCCUCAGUAGCCCGCGCCGGCGCUUAGUGAGCCGUCUGGUCCAGCAGUGCCAGCUCGGCAGGCGGGUUCAGCAUCCUCCAGCCACCCGGCUCCGGCAUCAGCUCCUGCUGCCCCGCGCGACCUCCGGCCGGGCGCCGCUGCCUACACCACUUCGCUGCAACUUCUGCUGCCGCGUGCGGCCGGCCUUCUGCCCGGCUUGGAAGUUUGCAGCUCCAGCCACAGAGUUGGCACACUUGGGCAAUCGAAUUUUGCUCUAUCAUCUGCAUCUGCCCUAGCGUGCAGGUCCCCUCAGUUCGUGAAUUCUGGUGCUUGACAACUUGGUGGGAUCCCGGGACGUGGACUUUCCCCGUACACCACAUCCUCGGGGAGAAAUAAAAACUUUCCUCUUCCCACUAGGAAAAACAAGCACUUCUUUAAGGAUGGUGCUGCUCCACUGGUGUCUGCUGUGGCUCCUGUUCCCACUCACCUCAAGGACACAAAAGUUGCCCACACGAGAUGAGGAGCUUUUUCAGAUGCAGAUCCGAGAUAAGGCAUUUUUUCAUGAUUCGUCUGUGAUCCCAGAUGGCGCCGAAAUCAGCAGUUACCUCUUUAAAGACACACCUAGAAGGUAUUUCUUCAUGGUUGAGGAAGACAACACCCCAUUGUCUGUCACUGUGACACCCUGUGAUGCCCCUUUGGAGUGGAAGCUCAGCCUCCAGGAGUUGCCCGAGGAGGGGAGUGCAGACGGAUCAGGUGAUCCAGAACCACUUGACCAGCAGAAGCAGCAGGUGACAGACGUGAAGGGUACAGAGUUGUUCUCCUACAAGGGCAAUGACGUUGAGUAUUUUCUGUCUUCAAGUUCUCCGUCCGGUCUGUAUCAGCUGGAGCUUCUCUCAACAGAGAAAGACACGCAUUUCAAAGUGUAUGCCACCACCACUCCGGAAUCUGACCAGCCAUACCCCGAAUUACCCUAUGACCCCAGAGUUGAUGUGACCUCUCUCGGACGUACCACAGUCACUUUGGUCUGGAAGCCGAGCCCCACGGCCUCGAUGUUGAAACAACCGAUCGAGUACUGUGUGGUCAUCAACAAGGAGCACAAUUUCAAAAGCCUUUGUGCAGUGGAAACAAAGAUGAAUGCGGACGACACCUUCAUGAUGGCACCCAAACCUGGUUUGGACUUUAACCCCUUUGACUUUGCCCAUUUUGGAUUUCCAGCAGACAAUUUGGGUAAAGAUCGCAGCUUCCUGGCAAAACCUUCUCCCAAAGUGGGGCGCCAUGUCUACUGGAGGCCCAAGGUUGACAUUCAGAAAAUCUGCAUAGGAAAUAAAAACAUUUUCACAGUCUCUGACCUGAAGCCGGACACCCAGUACUACUUUGAUGUCUUCAUGGUCAAUACCAACAGCAACCUGAGCACAGCUUACGUGGGUACUUUUGCCAAGACAAAGGAGGAAGCAAAACAGAAGGCAGUGGAGCUCAAAGAUGGGCGGGUCACAGAUGUGUUUGUUAAAAGGAGGGGGACCAAGUUCCUGCGGUUCGCUCCAGUCUCUACCCACCAAAAAGCCAGCUUCUUUGUUUACUCUUGUCUGGACACUGUUCAAGUCCAAGUGAAACGAGACGGGAAGCUGCUUCUGUCACAGAAUGUGGAAGGCAUUCGGCACUUCCAGCUAAGAGGAAAACCCAAAGCAAAAUACCUCAUUCGACUGAGAGGCAACAGGAAAGCAACAUCCAUGUUGAAAAUACUGGCCACCACCAAGCCCAAUAAGCAGGCUUUCCCCUCUCUUCCAGAAGACACGAGGAUCAAAGCCUUCGACAAGCUACGCACCUGCUCUUCAGUCACAGUGGCUUGGGUAGGCACCCAAGAAAGGAGAAAGUUUUGUAUCUACAAGAAAGAAGUGGACGGGAACUACAGCGAAGACCAGAAGAGAAGAGAGCAAAACCGGUGCCUUGGGCCAGACACCAGGAAGAAGUCAGAGAAAGUCCUCUGCAAGUAUUUCCACAGCCCAAACCGGAAAAAAGCAGUGACCACAGAGACAAUCAAAGAUCUGCAGCCUGGCAAGUCUUACCUGCUGGAUGUUUAUGUUGUAGGACAUGGGGGACACUCCGUGAAGUAUCAGAGUAAAGUCGUGAAAACAAGGAAGGUCUGUUAGUUACCUGGAGUGAAGAUGUAUAGAACUCCAGGAGUGACAUGGCAUCACUUUGUAAACUGACUACUCUGACGGUGGACCAAAGUUGUGACCUGUGCUUGAAAGGAAAGAUACCAACAAGUGUACAUUGAUGUUUGUAUAACAUAACCUGGAGACUUGUACUCACACAUACCUGUGGUAAUUAGGGUCCAUCUGUCUGAUGCUGGUUGAUGUCAAAGGAAGAGGGUGUAUGAUGUCCACCACCCCUUGCUUUGAGCGUUGCAUGAACUGCUUCUAAAUUAUUUUAUUACCUAAAAAUUUAAAACCAUGCCAUUUGUUGCACACAUUCACAAAUGCAAGUCAUUGCUCUCUAUAGAUGCUAGGGAAAAUAUACAUAUAUAUAAAUUAUUUUAUAAAUUCUGUUUUAAAUGUUGGUGUUUCUAUUAUAAGCUAUUAAAUUCUUUCUCUGUUAAAGUAUAGAUCUAAUCUAAGAUCACAAUGCCCUCUAAGCAGUAAUAUUGUUGUUGUAAAUUCUUGUUUGUUCAGUAAAAUGUUAAAUGCUAUAUGUAUCUCAUGUAAAAAGUUGAUAUACAUUAUAUUCAUGUACAUAAAAUUAAGAGUAUUAGAUUAUUACACUGUUCAUUUUCCCAAGCAGUACUGUGGUGUAUUCAAUUUCUUCUUUGUUCUUAAAACUGUGCUUUUCUGUAACUUGGCACCAAAAUUUUACUCUUAUUUAAUACUAGGAAGGAGUAUUGCUUCUCUUGACAUUUACUGGCAUCAAGAACCCAAAUAUUCAAAUCUGGAUUUGGGCACCAAGUGGGAGCCAGCCUUUGUGGGAUCCAAAGAACCAUACUAGACCUGUUUGAGAAUAGGACAGGCCAAACACUAUCAGCUCGAUAAGCAAUCAUUUUAAACAUGUAUUUUAAGUGGCAAGUUUGAGAUGCUCUAAGUGUAUUCCAUUUGCUUAAAUGUUUGCAAAUCUUUUUAGCCACUAGCUAAAGCAACUGAGAACACAUUGAUUAGAACUUUGGCCAGUCAGAACACAACCAGUGCACCUGCUGCUUACAACACUCACAAAACACUGCUGCUGUUAAUUUUGAGUUUUCAUCUGUCUUUAAAAGCAAUUUAAGUGUGAGAUACAAACAAAUCUAGCAGAUAACAUCUCUAGCCUCUACCAGGAAAGCAGGAGCAGGUUUAUCCUCUAUAGAUUUUACUCAUAUCAUCAAUCCCAACACAGCAUGAGACCACAAGACCAAGAUUCAGAAAUACCUGUAAUUUUUAAUCAUCUAAAACAAUGUGACUUUAGGGGAAUCUGUUAUGGCACACCAUCUCCCGUUCCCAUUCACAAAGUUGAGGCGGCUGUAGAUGUGGAUGCAAGGACACUAUUAGAUACCUUCUGUCAGACGAAGUUGCCUUUUGUAAAAUUCUGACUCUAAAUCCUUAAAUUCUACAGGUAGAAUGGGGGACAGGCACAACUGUUACUCUCUUAGCUGUCUACUGCAUAGCAGCACAGCCUUUGCUAGGGAGAUUUCACCAACAGCAGCAUUGCUGUGGAUUAUAGGUAGACUGUCGCUGACAUGGGGCUAUUCACAGUCCCUAUGUACUCUGCUUCCCUUAAGAGAAAUGACAGUUAUGACAGACCCUCUAACUCCUCAGCAGUAACUUUUCAGCAAAACUGGUUCAUCCACAUAAGGCAGGGAUGGCACCUGAGAUCAUGUUUUGAAAGUUGAAUACUACAUACCCAAUGCUUUAUUUAGGCGACUGCCAUACAAGGAGAGACUAACAAUUAACACCCAAAGAAAAUAUAUUCAGUUAUAAAUGUAGGACAAACGGCUUCCUAAUGUUAGUGAAUGACUUGUAAUGUUGCUGAGUGACUUGUAAAUGGGACUAUAGUGAACUAGCUUUACUGAAGCUUUGAUGGCCUUAGCUCUUGGGUACUGCCUAACACCCAUGAGGUAGGAGACAGGCUGAGCUGAUCUACCCAAGUUAGCUUUUCUGUGAUGGUGGAGUCUUCAUAUUCUGGACAAAUACAGGAAUCCUUUCAUGGCCCUAGGAAACUUUGUCUUUUAAACUAAGGAAAAUGAAACAGAUGUUGUGGAACUUCAUAGCAAAGGGGAAUCCAUGACAAUCAUGCCCUAGUAAUAUCUCAAGAGCAUCGAUGUAGAUCAGGGACAAGAAAGAAAGAGCAGUUCACACUGACAACAUUAACCUUGCUAAUGUGAAAGCAAAACCUGGCCUAUGCUAAUUUCCAAGUGAACAAUAGAUACUGGGGGGUAGAUGACCACUGCUGUAUGUAGACAGAUUUGAAAAGAGAGGGUUUCACAGUAUUUAAGCUCAUUAUCUUUACUUUUCAGGUGCAAUGACAGAGAAAGAACAGAAUGCAUUUAAAACAAGAGAAAUAAAAAUUGAACAGUUUUGUUCAGGUGUAGUGGUAUACUUCCUUAAUCCCAGCACCCGGGAGACAGAGGCAGGCUGAGCUCUGUGAGUUUGAGAUCAGCCUGGUUUAUUUAAGGAGAUCCAGUCCCACCAAGAGCUACAAGGUGAGCCACUGUCUAGAAAACAAAACAGAACACAACAAAACAAACAACCCCUCAAAAAAAAAACAAAAAACAAAGGUUUUACAAUUGAAACAGCUAAGUGAUUUACUAUGUAGACUUCAAAAUCCUACUCAAAUACAAAUCACCAAUGUCUGGUUGAAAAAGAGUCAUUUGUGGGUUAGUAAUCUUUUAAUACCAAACAUCUAUAAGUUUCUUAAGAAUAUGUGAUCAUUUAUAACUGAUCAUUUCAAAAUCGUAAGAAAAAAUUUUGAAGACAAAGUAUUUUUUUUCUUUUUCCUUUUUGGUUUUUCAAAACAAGUUUUCUCUGUAUAGUUCUGGCUGUCCUGUAACUUGCUCUAUAGACCAGACUGGCCUCAAACUCACAGAGAUGGACCUGCUUCUGCCUCCCCAGUGCUGGGAUUAAAGGUGAGCGCCACCACUGUCCAGCUGGAGACAAAGUCUUGCUAAUGUAGUUUUUUAUGCACAAAGUUAAGACUGGAAGUUCAGUAUUCUAUUUAUUAAUGGUAAAACCUAAAUUUUGUAGUCUAAAAUUAUAAAGACUCUACAAAACA